AUGGUUCAACUCACCGAGGUCGAGGAUGAGCACUUCCAGGGCAACCAGGCUGGUCCCAUCGAGGAUGAGGGCGACUUCACCGACACCGACUCCGAAAUCUCCGAGGACAGCGACUUCGACCCCACCGACGAGACCUUCACCGAGCGCCUGUACGCCCUCAAGGACAUGAUCCCGCCGACCACACGCGGCUGGGUUCAGAGCAAGGUCAACUUCGGCGUCAGCGCCGUCCAGAACACGUGGUACUACGGCUCCCGCACCGUCUGGGUCGUCUGCGCCACCGCCCUCAUGAUCGGCGUGCCCCUGGCCACCUGCUGGGCCGAGGACCAGCAGAUCGAGGGCAUGGAGCGCGAGUUCCGCAUGCGCGAGGCCGGUGGCGAGCUCCUGACGGCCGGAGAGCCCGGCAAGGAGGGCGAGAACACCGCCGACAUCCUCAGCGCCCACCUCGACAAGGCCGAGGCCAAGCCUGCUCUGUAA